CAUGAACAAUGCACAGCACCAAAGAGACAACAGAAAAGUAACUCAAACACUCGGUCCUCAAUUUUAGAAGAUCAGAGUCCUUUCAUCACCAAUCAAAAGAAGCACUUGCUACCUUCCUUCCCUGCUUAUAGAAAAGCCAUCCCCCCGCAGAACCAAGCAAAAGAAAACAAAGGGUAGAUAUUUGGUAAGCCAGCCAGGAUUCAUGCUAUUCAUUUGCGCGCGCGCGCACACACACACAUAUUUAUAUAUAUAUACAGAGAGAAAGAGAGAGAGUGUUCUGACAAGGGUUUACAGAUUUGUAGAGGAAAAUGAAGGUUAUGGUGGAGAUUUGCAAUCUGGCGGAUGGAGUGAAGGCAGUUCUGGUAAUGGUGACGAUUCAAGUUGCAUAUACUGCGGUCAAUGUGCUGUACAAACUUGCAGCCAGUGAUGGAAUGAGUGUGAGAAUCAUUACUGCUUACAGAUUCAUUUUUGCCACUGCUUUCAUGGUUCCUCUUGCUCUCAUCUUUGAAAGAAAGAACAGGCCUAAACUUACCUGGACAAUACUCUUUCAAGCAUUUUUUUGUGGACUAUUCGGGGGAUCAUUGUCUCAAAACAUGUACUUGGAAAGUCUUGUGUUAACAUCUGCAACAUUCGCUACUGCCAUCUUCAAUCUUGUACCAGCAGUGACUUUCAUCUUAGCUUUCUCAUUUGGUUUAGAGAAGGUGGAAAUCAGGACUCCACCAGGAAAGGCAAAAGUGAUAGGGACAUUAUUGGGGAUUAGUGGAGCAAUGUUGCUUACCUUUUACAAGGGAACAGAAAUCAACAUUUGGAGAACACAUAUUAACCUUAUAAAGGAUUACCAAUCCCAUGAAGGAGGCUUGGCCUCAUCUGAUCAUCAUCACCAUGGUAGUCUUGCCUUGGGUUCUUUAUUAGCUGUAGCAAAUUGCUUCUCCUAUGCUUUUUGGCUAAUUAUUCAGGCUAAAAUGAGUGAAAGAUACCCAUGUCCAUACUCAAGCACAGCUUUAAUGUCCUUCAUGGCUUCAAUCCAAGCUGUUGUUUAUGCCCUUUGCGUAGAGAAAGAUUUUGAACAAUGGAAAUUAGGUUGGAAUAUAAGGCUGCUCACUGCAGCUUAUGCGGGAAUAGCGGUUGCUGGAAUAAUGGUUACUUUGGUGAUAUGGUGUGUGCGGUUGAAGGGUCCUCUAUUUGUGUCCAUUUUUAGCCCUUUAUUACUCAUAUGCACUGCGAUUGCAGGAUCUAUCCUCCUCAACGAAACUUUACAUCUCGGAAGCAUACUGGGAGGAACAUUGAUAAUAUGUGGAUUGUACGGAGUGCUGUGGGCUAAAAGUUUAGAGAUGAAGAUAGUGUCUCAGCUUGUUCCAUUCAAAAGUUGUAGAGAAGGUGAAAAGAUUGAAGUUGUUAUUUCAACUCCCAAAAAUGACAGCAAUUUCAAUGUUGAAAAUUGCAGUGCAAAACAUGAUGAACAAUGAUUUGUUAGUAAAUGAAGUUCAAGAAGGGGAAAAAUAAGAUGCCAAUUUCCAAAAUAAAAUAUUCAGUGUAUUAGUAUGAGAUGAAAGCUAUCGAUAUUUCAUUUU